AUUAUCUAUGACUUUCUUUCAACAUUUUAUGACAUAUAUCUGUAUUCUCAUCAGUAAUAUUUAUAUCUGUCUAUUUUCUCAGUUUUGGAUUGACAAAGAACACAUGGUUCAAGAUGUUAAGAUUUUAGAUGCUAUGGCAAACGCUGUAGAAAAUGCUGCUAUCGUAUUAAUACUUUUUUCGAAAUCAUACCAAGAUAGUAAAAAUACUAGAGACGAAGCUGAACGCACUCGACAACUAAAUAAACCAGCUAUUUUUCUUCGUGUUGAGCCGAAGUUUGUUGCAAGUGGUUGGCUGGGUUUCAUAAUGGGCGCGACUCGUUAUAUUGACUUUUCCGGGAAAUAUCCGUUUGAGGAAAAAUUUGAAGAAUUAUGCACUACAAUUGUGAGUUUGAAAGAUUUGAAAUGGUAUAACUGCAUUUUUAGUGUCUCUUGUGUUUUAUCUCCACUUCUGUCUAAUCUGGUGAUUUUCCAAACAAUACUAAGAGUGGGGUUAGGAACUAUCAUGUUACCUAUGACCCACCCGCUAAGGCAAGGGAAGCCACUUGAUGAUCAUUUAUCUCAAAAUUUUAAGUCGAAAAUCUUUCCACUCAGUACCGUAUUCCUGAACACUUCCAGCCUGUUCAUUAAGUAUUACCUGUAAAUCAAGACAUUGUUUAGCCGAUGAAAUAUUCGUGUCGAUAAGAGAUUUAGAACAUUCAGUGCCAACUAUUAGAGCUAAUCAAAUGACAUCUGUGAUUCUCAUGAACUGUAUGUUGGUUUACCGUGCACGUCUUCAAAAACAGAUUUCACUGGUCAAAACUCCUGAAUCUCAUGAAAUAGACGUAUGAAUUGUUUGUGGAGAAAAACAUAAACGUCAUCUUGUAGUUAUUUACUCGACCUCAUUCGCUCAAUGUGAUCAACCUGGACUACUCACUUUUGUGGUAUAUUGUGUUCAUUGACCUCUUAUCAUGUAUGAACUUAGUAUAAUCUCUGGUGAAGUAAAGCACGCUUUUCAAUUCGAUUUUAUUCACUAGUCACUUAUGAACUGACUGGCUAGGUUACACAGCAAAAUUAGACAGGCGAAAUGUGCGUUGUUGAAAGUGUUUAGGCUCUGACCAUUUCUCGCCGAUUGAACAUUGGAUAAUAGCUAUCUGAGCUCCUACAUAU